CCCUCUGCCCAAAACUAAAUCAAACCAAACAACAAGAACAAGAAACAGCAGCAAAACAUAAAAUUAUGUAUGUGUAUAUUUAUUUUCUCCGUGUUUUGAUAUUGUAAAGAAACUGGAACAAAAUCAAAAAACGACAUACUUACGCUCUGCUUGCGCUGAAGUUCCAUUCCUCAUCAAAAGCAGCCUUCGUCAGACCAGAAAUCUUGGUGGUUGGUCCUUCUACAAACUAUAGGUGAUGUCGAUCACCAUACAAGAAAUUUUGCUCGACGCUAAGCGACUUGCCUGCCGAUUAAAAGAGCAUGACUCGGCCGCGGAUGAACUGCUAUCACAAUCCCAGAGUGUCUUCAGACAAAUUGAUGCAAUGAAACAGUACCAAGAGGAUCUGUGCGACUUGAGUGAAGUUGCUGGGACGAGGCCCCAGAGAGCUUUGGUUGCAAGCAUUCAGCAGGAGAACAGGCAGCUGAGGGAGCUGCAACAGGAGAACAGAGAGUUACGAGCCUUGCUGGAGGAGCAUCAGAACGCGUUGGAGUUGAUCAUGUCCAAAUACAGACAACACGUUUCCCAGCUGAUCAGAAAUUCUCACGUUGACUUUGAAAAAUUGACCAACAGUCAAUUAACACAAAAAACUGUCGAUCAGGCUGACAAAAUAAGUGAAAUGGCCGCUGUGAUGCAGCAUGCGUUAAAACUGGAUGAGAAUGAUGCCAAUAGAGACGAAGAAUUGGUUGCUAGGCUCAUUACAGAGAACAAAAACCUGAGAGAACUGGUCCAAAUAUCUACACAAUAUGGUUCCUUACCAGAAGUAGAUGAGGAUGGAAAGGAUUCCUGACCAACAAACUGAGGAAACAUCAGGUUUUGGGGUUAUGAUUUUUUAUUUAAUUUCCUGCAAAGCUGUUAAAAAAGAUUUUGUUUUAAUCUAAAUUGCUACCUGUUUAAUUUGUUAAAGAAAAACUUGUGACAUAAAACUAUUAAUAAGCUAAUAAUGAUAACAUUAUGUUAAUAAACUCUCCUAAUCAAAAUUCAGAUUUUUUCUUGGCCUUAGCGGUGGUUUUGAUACAUAAAUUGUGCCAGAUUACCUUUAUUUAUUUAUUAUUUAUACAGGAAAUAAAUAUUUAGCAAAAACAGCUUCAUUUUUUAAUUAAUGAUAUUUUAUGAAAUAAUUAUAAUAAACUCUAUUAAAGUUUCGCGCGCGUUUUAGAAAAUUGUUUGCUAGCAGAAGGUGCUGCUGUUCACAUUUGGUUAUCUAUUAACAUGUAUGACUUAAAUUAUGAUGAAUAAAAAAUAUUAAUA